CCCAGCCUUCACCAUGUGACUCUCACUCUCAGCGCCACCAUGCUGGCCUCGGGGAUGCUUCUGGUGGCUUUGCUGUCCUGCCUGACAAUAAUGGUCUUGAUGUCUGUCUGGCGGCAAAGGAAGUUCUGGGGAAAGCUACCUCCUGGUCCCCGAGCGCUGCCCUUCAUCGGGAACUACUUGCAGCUGAACACAGAGCAGAUGUACAACUCCCUUAUGAAGAUCAGCGAGUGCUACGGUCCCGUGUUCACUGUCCACCUGGGCACUCGGAGGAUCGUGGUGCUGUGUGGACAUGAGGCUGUAAAGGAGGCUCUGGUGGACCAGGCUGAGGAAUUCAGUGGGCGAGGCCAGCAGGCCACCUUUGACUGGCUCUUCAAAGGCUAUGGGGUGGCAUUCAGCAACGGGGAGUGCGCCAAGCAACUCAGGCGCUUCUCCAUCAGCACGCUGCGGGACUUCGGCGUGGGCAAGCGUGGCAUCGAGGAGCGCAUCCAGGAGGAGGCCGGCUUCCUGCUCGAGGCCUUUCGGGGCACGUGCGGUGCCUUCAUCGAUCCCACCUUUUUCCUGAGCCGAACUGUCUCCAAUGUCAUCAGCUCCAUUGUCUUUGGGGACA